ACAAAAUGAUGACGUGGCAAUAUACUAUAUCAGCCGCGCGCACUAGAAGGAACGAAUGCUUCUACUGCAAAUAUGAUCAGAUAAUUUUCACGAAGCGGAUGGACGAGCCGGGGGAUCGAACCGUAAGGAACCGGAUGACAAGCAACGUCGAGAAGCGAGUGAAGUACGCCGAGGAUGCUGCACAUGACGGAGAGCAUUCUAACUCCGGAAGCAACGAUUCGGUUUCUGAAUCAAUGCGCUUCGCCGCCGAUUUAUCGACGAGUUUCCGAAUCUUCUCCGAAUCGUUGCUGAGGAAGGAGCUGGACGAGCUGGAGAUGAUGAAAUCUAGAGAAGCUUUAAGAUGUGAAGCGGAGAAGCGCCGGGUGGAGACGGAAGCUGAGUUGACUCAGAUGCUGGCACAGACUCAGUUGCAGAUCGCGUCUUCCGUUGCUGGGAUGAGUCCCAGCAGCAAGAGAAAGCGAGUCGAAGAAGACGAGUCACCACCAGUAUCUCAAAGGGAAGGAGCCUUGCUGCUUAGUCUGCUCCAAUGCAACUUCAUCCUUUAAAGUUGAAGGUGGAAGAUGCAUCAAUUUAUCAACAUAAAUCCAAGGGCUGUUUCUUUGUGGAAGAGUAAGAAUUUUGGUGGGUUUCGGGUGCGGUAUUGAGUAGAGACUUCUGUCUAUUUAAAGCACUGUCGAUGUAUUCUUGCAGAGGUGGAAGAUGAUCUUUGUCUCCGUCCUUGGUCACUUGUCCGCGAAUAAUCUAUCAAGGCCAAAAGCGUUAGUAUAUAAGCAAAUCCCAGAAGAGUAUGAGAACACGAAAAUUAAAAUAGCGACGAUUACCUUUGAUGCCCAUGAGCGCUCAGCUUGUUGACACACAUCCCUUAUAUCCCUUCCAGACAUUCUGCAUUCGGUGGUUGGUGAUUGAAGAUGAGAAACGGAGAACUUAAAUAAGCCAAUGAGGUGAAAAAUUUUAAAUAUGCAGAACAUGUCCAACUUACUCUUCUGUAACAGUGGCAAAUGCAAUUAAAUCAGACUUUGAUAAGUGCUUUGCAUACGAAGCUGCUAUUUCCUGACGAGUCUGAUGAUCGGGUAGGCCGAAGGUAAUGCAUGAAUCAAAUCGACUGUGAACAAGAUAAAAUUGAGUCAUACAAAGCAGUACACUUUAGAUAGAACUGCCCUCGUAUAGGAGAAUGUGCACAUAUAUUACCUCAUUAAAGCAGGAUCAAGGUCUUGCUUUCUAUUUGUUGCAGCAAUGACAAUCACUU